AUGUAUUUAAUUUUGGAUUAUCUUAGGAUUUAAAAUAUUUAGCAAUUUUUGAGAAGAUAAUCAAAGGUAAGUACCAUGCAUAAAGGGGAACAUUAGGAUAAAACAAAAUCAAUUUUAGAACUAUUUAAAAUUAAAAUAUAAGCAAUAAUUAUUGAAAGUAGUUUAAAAUGUAAUGACUUUUAUUAUACAAACUAUCAUAUUUCUGGAGAUUGUUGGGAUAGUUAUUUAAUAAACGAUAUUUAAAAAAGCAACUUUAAAAAUUUAGAUGAAUAAUAAUUUUUUAUUUUUACAAUGGAUACAAUUAAUAGUUUAUAUUUAUAUGGAAAAAUGAGAAAAUGUUUCAUGUCAAUACAGAGUAGGUUGAUAUGCAGUAAGAAAAAGAAAUUUACAUUAAAUUCGAUUUUAAACUCAUGUUAUAUUUCAAAUCAUUUUUAUUCAUGCUUGCCUUGAUUAGCAUAGAGUUAUACGAAUAUAUUAAUUUAUCUUGAAAAUUGUAAAGUUAUUAAAUAAAGAAAAAAAUAAAUUGAUAUUAAAUCAUAAUAAAUCAUUUUAAAAAACUACCUUAUAAUUGAAGAAGAGAAUGCCCAAAGAAGAGAAUAUAGUGUUUGAUUACUAAGCAGUGGUAAAUUAUUAAGAAGAAUAAAAUAUCUAUUUGGAAAUUCUAGUUAUGUUUAACACUGAAUUUAUAAACAUGUAUUUUGAAAUAUAGAAAAUCCAAUUAAUCAUUAUUAAAUUAAAUUAUUUGACUUCUAAAGGGGAACUUCUAAAGAAAUUUAAUAUUUGA